GCAUUGUCGCGCAUGCGUAGAACAAAAUACGGAAAGCGUCUCUGUUUUCUGCAGCAGUCCGAGUUUUGUCCAUGUAAAUACAGAAAUGUCGCAUUCCCCGGACUCCCACAGCCUACUCUCUGCCUCUUCCCAGCUUAACCUGAUGGAAGUGGACUCGAUUGAUGAUAAGGAGUUUGACAUUCCACAAGUGGAUACACCUCCCACACUGGAAAGCAUUCUCAAUGAGCUGGAGGAUGAGGAGGAACCGUUUGUACUGGAGGACACCUGCAUCCUAAACACAGACAACAUGGAUGCUCACUCCUGCGAGACCUCCUCUCUGGCCAGCUCUGACAGUGGAGACCCAACACAUCUUAAACGAAGGAAGAGGACAGUGGACAUGAGUUCAACAGUUCAUGGAUGUGUCCUUCGACACAGCCUGCUGAAGGGCAUCUCUGCACAGAUCGUCUCUGCUGCUGACAAAGUGGACGCUGGACUUCCAACAGCUAUAACAGUGUCGGGUGUCAUUGCUGUGGGAACAUCUCAUGGUCUGGCUUUGGUCUUUGGAAAAGAUGCCAACCAGGCCUUGCGGCUUUGUCUGGGUACCAAGACGACUGGAGCAGAGUUUGGCGCCGUCUCUGCCCUGAGCAUCAACCAUGACUGCUCACGACUUCUCUGCGGGUUUGCCAAAGGACAGAUUACAAUGUGGGAUCUAGCCAAUGGGAAGCUUCUGAGAACCAUCACUGAUGCCCACCCUCCUGGGACAGCCAUUCUGCAUGUGAAGUUCACAGACGACCCAACUAUUGCCGUGUGCAAUGACAGUGGAGGAUCUGUUUUUGAACUGGCUUUCAGGAGGGUGAUGGGGAUGAGGUCAUGUGACUCUCGAUGUCUCUUCAGUGGUUCUAAAGGGGAGGUGUGCUGUAUCGAACCUUUGCGUUCUCCUCCGGACUUCAGAGACCAUCCCAUCACGCACUACUCUCUGCUUGCUAUGGCAUCUCUCACUAAGAUUCUAGUCAUUGGAUUAAAGCCCUCCCUGAAAGUCUGGAUGACAUUUCCUUACAAUAAGUCGGAUCCAUCCAGUGUUCCUCAGCUGGCCUGGCAGUUUGUUGCUGUCCAGAAGAUGGUCAAUCCAGUCCUGGCUUUUUGCAAAGGAGAUACUGUCCACUUCCUCUUGGUAAAGAAAGAGGAAUCGGGGACGAUCCAUGUCAUCAAACAGAGACAAUUCCAACUCAGCUGUGACAUCAUCAGCCUAAGUUGGAUUAACAGUCGUACGCUGGUCCUGGUGGACAGCCAUGAAAAGCUGCACGUGGUGGACCGGCCUAGCCAAGAGGUUUUGGAGACUCUGGACUUGGAGCAGGUGCAACUGGUCUAUAACAGCCGACAUUUCAAAUCACUGGCAACUGGAGGAAACGUCUCCCAGGCUCUGGCUUUAGUUGGAGAAAAGGCUUGUUACCAGUCAGUCUCCAGCUACUCAGGACAGAUUGUGUAUUUGGGCACCAAGUCAGCUCACAUUAUGACUCUGCGGAACUGGAGAGAGCGUAUUGACUGUUUGAUGAAGCAGGAACACUUUGUUGAAGCCCUCUCUUUGGCCUGGUCCUUUCACGAGGGAGCUGCUAAGGCUGUGGUUGGCCUGUAUGGAGAUUCUCUGAAGAGGAAGGCGGUGGUCAGUGACAAGAUGAUCGAGAUCCUUUUCCAGUUUGCUGAGCAUGCUUUGAAAAAGUGUCCAGAACAGGGCAAAAUCCAAGUGAUGGAGCAACAUUUCCAGGAUGUAGUUCCAGUCCUGGUGGAUUACUGCCUGCUGCUGCAGAGGGCUGACCUCCUCUUUAACCAGCUGUAUUCGCGGCUGGUAGAGAAUAUGGUUGCUAAGGCUGUGUUCUUGGAGUCACUGGAGUCGUACAUUGUAGCUGAUCGUGUUGGACACCUCACUCCAGCCAUUAUGAGGGACCUCCUCGACCACUACCAUAGUAAUGGCAUGAUGGACAGUCUGGAGAGAUGCAUCGUCCACCUAGAUGUUACCAGCUUGGACAUACAGCAGGUGGUUCAAGUAUGUUGGGAGAACCAGCUCUAUGAUGCAAUGAUCUACGUUUUCAACAGUGGAACGAAUGACUACAUCACUCCAAUGGAGAAACUCUUUGCAGUGAUCGGUCCAACACUUAAGGAAGGAAGGAGCCUAACAGAUGAGAACGUGGUAAUGGGAAACAAACUACUCGUGUACAUAAGCUGUUGUCUUGCAGGAAGAGCAUAUCCACUUGGAGAUAUUCCAGAAGACCUUGUGGUUCAAGUCAAGAACCAGGUUUUUGACUUCCUAAUCCGUCUCCACUCAGCUGACUCGUCCGAGGAAGAGGAAGUUUUUCCAUUUAUUCGUACACUCCUCCACUUUGACACCAGGGAAUUUCUCAACGUUCUCGCCAUGACAUUUGAAGACUUUAAAAAUGACAAGCAGGCCCUUGAGUACCAGCAGAGGAUAGUGGACAUCUUACUUCAGGUAAUGGUGGACAACCCAGACUUUACUCCCUCCCAAGUGGGCGGACUCUUCACCUUUUUAGCUCGUCAGUUGGCCAAACCAGACAACACACUGUUUGUGAACAGGAAGCUCUUUGAUCAGGUGCUGGAGUUCCUUUGUUGUCCGGACGAUGAUUCCCGACACACUGAAAGGCAGCAGGUUCUGCUGGAGCUUCUGCAGGUCGGGGGUGUGGUCCAGUUUAAUGAAGAAAGACUCCUGAUGCUGGCAGAGAAAGCCAAGUUCUACCAAAUCUGUGAAUUUCUUUAUGAGAAGAAUCAUCAGUAUGACAUGAUCAUUGACUGCUACCUGAAAGACCCCCUCAGAAAGUGGGAAAUCUUUAACUACAUCCACAACCUGCUGUCCAUGCCUGGAUACAGCAACGAGGAAAAACAAAGAGUCAAGAGCAAAGUGCUGAAACACAUAAAGGACGUGGUGACCCUUGACCCCAGCAAAUCAGCUGACUUAGUGCUGUUUCAUUUCACCACCGAGGUGCAGCAAAUCAUCUCUGAGCUUCAGAUAAGAGAUAAGGAUGAUCAGCUGCUUUUCAAUUUCCUCAACUGCCUCUUGGAGUCGAGGGAAGGCCCUCAUUCAGGGUCCAUCUUACCUCAAGAAGGUGACCUCCAUGAGCUUCUGCUGGAUUUAAUGUGCCGCUUUGCCCCAGACCAGCUUCUGAGCUUUCUCCACACCUCCCAGCACUACAGACUAGAAGAAGCAAUACAAAUAACUCAGAAGCACCACUGCAAUGAAGCUACAGCCUACCUGCUGGAGACCAAAGGAGAUGUUCAUGGAGCAUUUGCUGUCUUAUUAGAGACACUGAAGGAAACACUGUGUGCUCUUACUGCUGAGAGUGACAGAGGAGCAAAGGACAGGAGAUGUGACGAGGACGAGGCUGUAAGAGCCGAAUCGAUGCUGAUGAAAUUAAAGGAAUCUGUGAAUGACAUCAUUGUCUUCUGUCAUCGAAGUUGUCAGGGCCUUGACCAGAAACAGAGAGAGGUUCUCUGGUUUCCACUUCUGGACACAAUGAUGGCAUCUCAGAAACAAGUAAAGGGGCUCAAUGCUAAACACACCUCUGACGUGCUGAAGGAGCUCACAAUGAAGGUUCUCAACGCUAUGAGCAGCUUUAUUUCUUUGCCUGCCAUCAUUCAACAGAUCCUGCAGGAUCCAGUGUAUGGCAAAGGCAAGCUGGCGGAGAUUCAAGGCCUCAUUCUGGGUAUGCUGGACACGUUUAACUAUGAACAGACUUUACUUGAAACAACCACCAAUCUGUUGAACUACGACCUCCACUGGUCCCUGGCUCACCUGCGUGCUGCUGUCACAAGAGGACUCCACCCACGACAAGACUGCUGUAACAUCUGCCUCCAGCAGUACAAGAGGAGGCAGGAUGCAGCUGAGGAGAUCAUUGUUUUCAGCUGUGGUCACCUAUACCACCUGCAGUGCCUGCAGCAAAAGGAUUGUGUGUGGGGCUGUGCUUCAGAGCUGCAACGGCAGUGGAGGUGCUACAAAUGUUCGGCCAUCCACGGAGGAAGAGUCGGGCCUUCCACUGAACCAAAGAGAGGCCGUAGCACAUCUCUGGCACAGACUCACGUGACAUCAGCACGCCAAGACACAGGAGCGUCGGCUCUGAGGAAGAAGGUGUUCGCUGAGGCAACACUGGACCUUCAGCAGGAACAGUCCUGGGAUGAAAUCCGCUGCUUAUACCGAGGACCAUCCAGGUUGUCCAUCCUUUCAGAAGUCUCCCACUGCCACGAGAAAACAGGAUCUCUGUUCUCUGUCCAACCAGGAACAGAGAGUUUCCAACUGAAACUCUCCCCUCCGCCUCUCUUUGAAGAAUAACAUCACGACUGCUUGAGGAAAACGGUUUCCUUUCAUUCUUUUCAACACCAAAGUCCUUUGGGAUUGGUUGAUGUCAGAUCUCGCUUUAGUCCCAGUUCUAUAUUAGUUCUUCAGUUUUUUUUGUUUGUUUUUUUACUGUGUACAACUUUACCCAAAAUGUUGGUUGAAAAAAUGAUGCAGAAGUCUUCAGUUGGAACAGCUCUGUGCCUCACAGGAAGUCUGGCCCAUUUUGAAAGAGAAGUUGAUGUUUGGUCUAAGUGCAGGUUUGAUGCAGCACUUAGACCCUGAGAUGGGACUUCCAGGGAGUGAUCUUUAAAAACAACAUUGGAUCACAUCUUGUAAAUCAUUGUGAUAAUUCUCAGUGUAGCUCUGCUUUCCUCCACUGAUGCUGCAAAGCUGCCUGAACACCUCAGAACUGCUAAUAUUUAAACUAACAUAUCUAUUCUUGAUUGAAUGACCUGUAAAGAUUUUCAAAAAAUAUUAGAAAAAAACGAUGUACUGUGUAAAGAUUAAAUGAAGCAACGGUGUCUUUAGCAUAAUACUACGUAUCCAUUCCCUCUGUGUGUAGCCUGAGCUUUUCUGUUGUUUUGAGAGGCAGCGUGUGAUUGUUAGUCGGGGGACACCUUGGCCUUCUCUGUUUAAAUGACAGAGAGACUAGAGGGGAAACAAAGAGUGAAAUUAAAGCUCAAAUAUGACUAAAAACCACUUCAAAUGUUGUUUCUGCUGUAGUAAUACUCCUACUCCACAUGCUUGGUUUACAGUACAUUAUGGCUUCAUUAAUAAUUCAACCAGAGCAACUGACUGAUUCACAGCAAAUGACACUGUUUUUCAGUCUCCUCAUAUACAUAUAUGUACAUAUACAAGACUCUCAUUAGAAGGUGGAUUCAAAACCAUUUGGCUUUCUGUUGCAUAUUAUAUAGUAACUGUAAUGAUUGUGGAUGGAUUUUAUGAUCAUUAUUAUUAUUUUAUAACUUUCUUGUAACAGCAAAAAGCAGAAGUAGAGGGAAGUUUGGCUCACGCAGUGUUGUUUUGGGUUAUUUAGUAACAAUGGAGCACAUGACUGGGGGGUGUGUGGUGCUCUGUGAGGCACUGUCACUCACACACAGCUUUAGAUUUAAAAUGCUCCCAUUUAAAAACAUCAUAUCAAAUUUGGCAUCAGUGACAUCACUGAACUUUGAUACUAAAUCAUUUUUUAAUGUUUCUCCUGUUUGAGAGCUGUAAGAAUGGGGACUUACCCUCUGCUUAAUAAACCAGCCAUACUGUA